AUGCCAGCUUACGAGUCUGAAGAAUUCCUCACUGGACCUCAACCUAUUCCUGAAACUGAAUUUGUCGUCUUUGGCACGGUUUACGCAUACCCCGAGCACGCAGAUGCUCUGGAGGCCGUUUACGCCGAGACUACCCGCAAUGCACAAUCAGAACCCGGCACAAUCUACUAUUGUCUCUGCAGAGAUAAUGACGAUCCCAAUCUGUUUCACUUUUUCGAGCGCUAUGCCGGACGCGAGGCAUUUGAGAAGCAUAAUGACCAGCCGGUCAUUGACAAGUUGAUGGAGGAUAAAUACAUUCGGGGUGUUAAGGCGAAGUUCAUGAAAGCCAUUGAGCCUGCGCCCUGA